AUGGCUUCCGCAGCAGAUGUUAUCAUCGUCGGCGCCGGCCUAAGCGGCCUACAAGCGGCACUGUCUCUCCACGAAGCAGGCCGCUCAGUGAUUGUUCUCGAAGCACGAGACCGUGUAGGAGGCAAGACGUAUUCAGUGCAGCGUUCAGAUGGCAAAGGGGUCCAGGAGAUGGGAGCGGCUUGGCUGAAUGAUAGCUCUCAGUCUAUGAUCUGGAGCUAUUGUCAGAAGUUUGGUCUCACUCCGGUGGUGCAGAACAUUGAAGGUCUUGUUGCCAGCGAAGAUGACGAAGGAGGUUGUCACCUUUUUCCGUUUGGUGGAAUGCCUGAGUUUGAGAAAGAAGUGGUCGACAACAUCACUGCUCUCCGCGAUCAUGUCGAAGCAGCAUCACUCGAUCCAAAGACAUUCGAACAAGAACGCCGUGCUCAACUUGAUGACAUUUCAUUCGAGCAAUUUUGCCGGGAUGCAGGUGCUGGUUCCAAGGCGCUACAAACGGCAAGAGUCUGGUGUCGAGGCACCACUGGCCAGGACCCCGGCGAUGUUUCUGCUCUUGCGUAUCUUGAGGUGUGUCGCGGAGCUUCAGGGCUGGUCAAAUUACGAUACGAUGGCAAGGACGGCGCGCAAAACCUCCGCCUGAGAGAGGGGACUCAGUCGGUUGGUAUCCACAUGGCUAAGCUGCUACCCGCCGAGACAGUCAAGCUAUCCAGCCCUGUGACCUCGAUAACACAACUUCCCGGCCAGGGAGGGCACGUUGUCACCAUCGCAGAUGGCACAAGCUUCACCGGUCGGAAAGUUGUGGUCAGCGUACCCUCGCAAGCCUACAAGAACAUCGCGUUCAAUCCACCUUUUCCCGACACCCUGCAACACUACACUUCGAGCGUCCGCUACGGCUGCUUCGUCAAAUACAUCUGCACCUUCAAAACACCAUUCUGGCGACGCAAAGGUGCGUGCGGCCUCACUCAGAGCUUUCAAGGUCCCAUGAACCACUGCCGUGACACAUCGGUUGACCAAGAUGAGAACUACGCUUUGACGUGCUUCCUCUGUUCUGGGCCUGGAAGACAGUGGUUGACAUUGGGUGAGCAAGAUCGUAAAGAAGCGAUCCUGAGGCAAAUCUCGUCAUUGCUUGGUGUGAGCUUCGAAGAGGUUGCAGACGAGUUCUUGGGCUCAAUGACGUCGGAAUGGCUGGAUGACCCCUGGGCGGGCUGGGGAUGUCCUUUUGCUGUCGCACCGCCUGCUGUGAUGGGUGGUGAGAGCAUCGUGGAAGCGACUGGCAAGGGCAACAAUGGUUUGUUCUUCGUUGGUACGGAGUUGACGGAUGAAUGGCGUGGGUAUAUUGAGGGAGCCCUGAGGAGUGGGAAGAAAGGGGCUGAAUUAAUUUUGAAUGAGUUGCAUUAA